AGGCGAGGGGCGGGACAGACAUCGGGGCGGGACUCCCGCCGGCCGCACGGCCUGCCCAGUCCCGGAAGGAACAGAGCCAAGGAACCGGGCAUCAGCCCUACCUGCAGCGAGCCGACGUCGCUGCCCCUGCCGCUGCCACAACCGCUGCUGGGCUCCCAAUCUCGCACCCCUAGGGUGGCCAACGCUGCCCGCUCCCACCAAACACCUGGCGGCCACAGCUCCAAAGCCCGCGCCGCUGACGUCAGGCUGACGUCAGACGUGACGCUGCGGCGGGGCGGGAGCAGGGACGGCGAAGGAGGGCGUUUCCGGAGCACGCGCCGGGCGGGGGCCGCUGACGUCGGGCUCAGGUGCGCGCGCCCGCCCGCACGCGGCCCAGGUGGUGGCCCGCAGCUCCAGGUGGCGGCCUGCAGCGGGCUGCGCCGAGAGGGCGAGAAUCCGCACUUGCCGGGGGAGCUGCGCCCGCCUCGGCCCCUUGGGGCCCCACCGCGCCCGAGGGGAUGGAGAACCUCCCCCGAGACCCCAGCACGGCCCGCGAUCCCACUCUGGCCGGCCCUCGCUAGCUGCUCGAAAUCUGCGUUUUAUCCACCACCUAGGCCUUGUCUCCUGAGUCAGUGGCGUUGUGGUUCGAAAGAAAUGGAAGAAAAGGAGCGAUGUGACCGAUUCCGUUCGGUCCUCCUGCCUUGAGGCCUGGUUGGCAUUUGCAGAAAGGAAAAUACAGCAAGAAAAUUGUAGGGUUUUUGGAGGGGGUGGAAGAGGAAGGUAGAAGAGGGGAAACAAGGACUUAGGUUUUAUAUGAAUUUCUAAAACUUCUGCACUUUGACAGCGGUGGCGAAAUACACUAAACCUUACCUUUCUAUUGAGAAGAGAGAGAGGGAAAUUAUUUUUCCUUUUGAUUCCAACCUUUUCUCUCCGUGACAAGGCAUAAAUCAUGGACACCAGAAACUAAGGUGGACCUCAGGAAUUCUGAAAAGACUGAGAAGCUUAUAUUCCUCCUCAGGAGGGAAGGGUAGGGUGUUUUUAGCCCUCUCUGGAACUUAAAACAAAAAACAUGAGUUGCGUGCCAUGGAAAGGAGACAAGGCCAAAUCUGAAUCAUUGGAGCUGCCCCAGGCAGCACCCCCACAAAUCUACCAUGAGAAACAGCGCAGGGAGCUUUGUGCUCUGCAUGCCCUCAAUAACGUCUUCCAGGACAGCAAUGCCUUCACCCGGGAAACGCUGCAAGAGAUUUUCCAGAGGUUGUCUCCAAACACCAUGGUGACCCCCCACAAGAAGAGCAUGCUGGGAAAUGGGAACUACGAUGUGAACGUCAUUAUGGCAGCACUUCAAACCAAAGGCUAUGAAGCUGUUUGGUGGGACAAGCGCAGGGAUGUCGGUGCCAUUGCUCUCACUAACGUCAUGGGCUUCAUCAUGAACCUGCCCUCCAGCCUGUGCUGGGGUCCUCUGAAGUUGCCUCUCAAAAGGCAGCACUGGAUCUGUGUUCGAGAGGUAGGAGGUGCCUACUACAACCUUGACUCCAAACUGAAGAUGCCUGAAUGGAUUGGAGGCGAAAGCGAGCUCAGGAAAUUUCUAAAACAUCAUUUGCGAGGAAAGAACUGUGAACUCCUGCUGGUGGUACCGGAAGAGGUGGAGGCCCAUCAGAGUUGGAGGGCUGAUGUGUAACACAGUUCUGCCCAAGCUUCCCUCACCUCAGCCCCCUGAAUCCUCUGUGAUGUGCUGUGGCCUCUCCAGUGGGUCUGCUCUUGCCACUUCCCCAAACAUCUCAUUGGGUUUCCCCCUCAGAUUUGACAGUGCAAUAGGACAGACGUGUGGACUGUUACAAGAACCAACCAGCGUUACUUGUUCCUGGGAAAGAAACGUAGGAGCUCUGUGUGCUUAGGGCAAGCUAUGAUGGAAGACCUUUGUUUUAUUUAAGAGAGGAGAAAGAAAGGUGGGUCCUGGCUUAUUUCCCCCAUUUCUAUGAGGACUUGACAGAAGCUCUGCUGGAGUUCACUGCUGCUCUGACUCACCUGGAGAUGCUGCCUCCACUUCCCCUUUCCUGGCAACCAGUGGGUCUGAAGACACAGUACAUGCAAAGCCCAUGUGACUGGCUUGAAGGACCCAGAGCAAAAAGGCCUCUCUCAGGAAACCAUCUCCAGAACUGAGGCAGCAGUACUGCAUACUGUCUCUAACCCUUUUUCUUUUUUUCUUUUUAGGGCCGCACUUGUGGCAUAUGGAGGUUCCCAGGCUAGGGGUCCAAUCAGAGCUACAGCUGCCAGCCUGUGCCAGAGCCACAGCAACGCAGGAUCUAAGCUGUGUCUGUGACCCACACCACAGCUCACAGCAGUGCCGGAUCCUUAACCCACUGAGUGAGGCCAGGGAUGAAACCCGAAACCUCAUCCUAGUUGGAUUUGUUUCCGCUGAGAUACGAAGGGAACUCCGUUCUCUAACCCUUAAUGCCACACUUACCCAUCUUUAAGAGUGGUUUAUGGCCAUCCUUGAAGUUUUAUAAUGGAAGGUUCUCCAAUAUCCCACGCCAGGUGGUUGAAUCCUGCAAUAUUCUAGCAUGACAGGGUGAGCUAGAUACCUAAGAGGAUGUGACCAAAGCCAGGUGGGAGCAGGCACGGGCCUGUCUGCUUCACUCCAGCGUCAUCCCUGCCACUUCACUGCAUUAGCUUAGGGGCACGAGAUAAACGAAAGGGCAGUUUUCCCAGCUGACCCACUCUGGCAAAAUCAGGGAAAAUAAAAGACCGUCUUCGACAUCAAAUUCCACUAGUUCAAGACAGUUGGGCAAGGAAAGUAUUGUGAAGAUAAGCCUUCAGAGAUUUGGGGCGACUAGAACUGGUAUUAGCCCUAGGCUUGGCGUCACUAUAGUGACCGGAAGCAGAGCCCCCGAGUUGGGUGGAUAUGUGCAUCAUGCUUAGGACCUGGGUUUGUCAUCUCUGUAGUUUCCUUUACAGAUCAACUGAGAAUGGACCCGCCCCCUACCUCUUUAAAUAGUUGUAGGCCACUUUUCUCCCUGCAACUUUGGAAAACAAAAGACAAGGAGGGGGAAGUAGGUGUCAUGCCACACUGCCUGUCACCAGUGGUUGUGGUUAAGGCGGGUGGGCAGGCACGGAUGACCUGCCAGCCCUUACACAUCAAUGGCCUUGGUAGGUCUGAGAGCUGCCCCACUGGCCAGACUUCUCUCUGGCAGCAGAGCCAGCCUGGGGCUUGCAUGUCAAGCCUGAGCAAGCUUAACGGGAUGAAGCUGAGGCUUUCUCCCCACUGUGACUGGAGUGCAUGUUUACACCAGCACUUUUUCUGCACAUGUAUCUUCAAUCCAACAAGGCCAUUUUUUAUGCUGAGUAACAGGCCACCGAGCGGCUACUGCAUUACACCCCCUCAGCAAGUGGCUGCAGUCUCUUCUGCACCAUUUUCCACACCAGACCUGCUUGGCACCACAGGGAGCUUUUUACCCCUGCACAAUGACAUUCCAACCACCACCAGCCAGAAGUUACAGCCAACCUUGCUGAUUGUCACAAGCAGGACCUUGGGUCCACUGGCACUGUCAGUGAUGUAAGCCAUUUCCUGGGGGGGGAGGAGGAACAUCCUCUCCACCCGUCUGCUUGGGCCAGUGCGAAUGGCACUUCAGAGGACUCCCUCUGCACUUGGGGUCCAUGAGCCAAUGGGAUAUGCAAAGACGCGUAAACAUUUCAGGGCUGGUUUCUCUGUUCAUAUCCAAUUCUGGUGCUUAGGAACAGGGACCUAUGCUGAUGCCCGAGGGCAAAAAGCCCCACUUCCUUUAAGGAAGGGGGCAGGCCUGACCCUAAAGCCCAGUAAGGGGCACCCCUAGGCUUUUUGUUUUUCUUGCUUUUAUUCCCGUUUUUUGUUGGCCUUGUGCUGGGUUUGUUUACAAAAGAUGUAUUUUGUUUAACCAAAUAUUAAAAAUGGAACUCUGUACAUAAACCUCAUCUCAUUGAAUUCUGUAAAAGUGAACUUUAGCAUGAUGCUGCUUUAGAAGGAACUCACUACUGUCAUAAGUCAUCUUGUAGGGACAUAGUGUGCUUUGGCCAAAUCUCACUUCAAAGACCUAUCAAAAUAUUCACCAAGUAGGACUUGAUUCCAAAACAGCCUGAGCUGUUUUUCAAUUUAAUUUAUAAAAACUAGGCUCCACAAUAUGAAGAACCAUAAUCUUCCUCUAACUACACAUUUAUUUACUGACAAGUGACUACGGCUGGAACAGGUGGAAGAUUGUGUAUCUCAACAGAGGGCCUGCGUGGCCACAGCACCAAGUACACAGCAGGAUGCUGAGUCACAUUUGAAUUCAGAUCAGGCAUUUUCUGUGCCUCCUGGUAAAGAUCUCUUAGCCUUUCUGUGACUGUUUUCCUCUUCUGUAAACUGAGACUACCAGCUCCUAAAUUGCAUAGUGUAGUUUCAGCAACCCACAUUACAAGUCAUAGUACUCUUAGUAGCACAGUGCCAACAAAAAUGUUAAAUGGGAAAAAAAACCAACAGAGCUCAAAGACAGAGCUACAGUUGGACUCACUAGCAUAGCUCACCAGCAACUACAGUUGGUCCUCAAAUGGCACAGGUCUGAGCUCUGUGGGUCCCCUUAGACAUGGGUUUUUUAAAAACAAACAACACAAACUGGUUGGUUGCGCCAAAGACACAAAGAGCCAACAACAAAGUUAUGCACAAACUCUUAACUAUGCAGAGGGUUAGUCCCCCAACCCCUGUGCUGUUCAAGGGUCAACUCUUAGAAAGAACAAACCCCAAAUGUUUUAUCUGCAACCUUUCCAUCCCCAGACCAGAAAUCAAUACACACGUCAUUCCUUACAAUUCUGCAAGUACAUGGACCCGAUCCUUCGUGGGUCAUCUGAAAGGGACUUGAGAGGUUCUUGUGAAUUUAACUAACUUGGGCCUAAGGGGUCAAUCGCUGUUAAAUAGUGGUGCCGGCUUAGGUGAGAGGAAAUGUGAGGGGCAGUUUUCUUUGCCCUUUGAAAAGGGUCUGAGUACUUUCAAGGUAUGUAUCACAAGCACUUGGAAGACACUUUUGGUUGGGAUCAUUUUAAUAUUUAAAUACAAAAAGUGAGCACUGAGUUUUCUCCCCCCCUCUCUUUUAGACACACACACAGAUCUAACAGCCAAAAUAUGCAGAGGAAAUGAGCUCUUGCUUUGUCCUCCACAGUCCCCAUCUUGUGGUUGAAGCUGCUGCCAGCCCUCCCUCCAACAUACGUAGAAAUUCACAGUGGCUGCGUUACAGGACAGCUGUAAUGCAUUUUGUAUUUUAUAUUGUGUGCAUUCCACUCUUAAAAAACCAAAUAGCUGUUACUGGUCAGGGUACACCCUUCCCAGUGUCAUUAGUUCCUACCCCACAAUGGGAUAGUGAGGAAUCUUUUGGUCAAGAGUAAUUUAGGGAAAGGGGUGGGAUGGCCAGAGGUGGUGUAACCAUCUGCAGUGCUGCACUCUGCUUGCUAUCAGAGUGAGGACAGAAAAAAAUAAGUCAGGAUAGCAUGGAGUGCAUGGCUGCGAGUUUGGAGUCUCUCCACAAGACAAUGGGAAGUCUCCCCACCAGGUUUAGAUGGAUCAAUGUGCCAAAGUU